UCACACAUCUGUACCCCUAGCACGAACAUCUUGCGAAAAAGUAUUCGUAUCGUUAACGUGAGCGUUUUGUAUGGAAACAUAAACAGCGCCUCUAGUGUGCGUAAUAUGAACUAAAUUUGUGAGCACAAACCAUAAGUCAAGUAAGUUUCGUAUCGUAUUCGUAACGUAACUAUCGUAACCUUGAGUCGUUUGUAUGGAGAUAGGAAGCACGAAGGUAUAAAUUGACGUAUCGUAUCGUGAUUGUCGAAGGCUGGCUUGCGAGUUUUACGAAAGUUUAUUCACUUUAAAUUUGACAGUGACAAAACUUUCGUCAGAGUUUCUUGGAAGAUUUAAAUAGUAAUUAAGUGAUUGUGUGACCGAAUUUUGCUGAAAAAUGCUUAGAUUAACAAGAAGCACCCAUCGACGUAGCACGUUGUACCAUUAUCUUGCGGCGCGAUUGAUUGUUGAAAGUGGAAAUGUACGAAGAGAAACUAGAGAAAUCUCGAGGAGAGCUCUCCUCAGAAAAAAUAUAGCCAAUAUUAACGUGCAAUAUCUAAGCGAUACAGAAUUUAGAAAUAGAUUUCGUCUCAGUAAGGAAGCAUUUUUGCAUUUAUGUCGCGAAUUAAGGGUCAAAUCUAGUCUAAGACCAAGUAAAAGGAUCAGCCUGGAACAUAAAGUACUGUGUGCUUUAUCAUUUUAUGCUACAGGCUCCUACCAAAGAAUAGUAGGAAUGGCUAAAUGUUUAGGGCAAACCACAGUUAGUAAAUAUGUGAGACAGGUUACUGACGCCCUUGUAACCCCCUCAAUAUUAAAUUACUUUAUAAAAUUUCCUGCGACGCUAGAGCAGCGUAAUAUUAUAAAAAACAAAUUUUAUACAAAAUUUGGCAUCCCUGGAGUAAUAUGAUGCAUAGAUGGGUCUCAUUUUCAUAUAUU